GUUUUUCAUCGUUCCUGGCCGUUCCAGUUUCCACCUUCUGCUGGAGUUCCAGUGACCUCCAACUACAUCGAUCAGAGAAAUAUUGACGACGCUACUCUAUCAGCUGUUCUUCGCAGUCAUUAAGAGGGGAAAGGUAGGGUUUUACUUCUUCCGUAUUUCGUUACUUAGUAAUCUACAGUUCACAAUAGGUUUGGUGAUAAAGCCACACACUGCAUUCUCUUUACCCGGACACAGGUCGUUCCCAUUUUAGUCAUUAAAAAUGGCAAAUAUAACUAUGAACAGUAUAUUGGAAAAGAUGACGGGUAAGGAUAAAGAUUACAGAUACAUGGCAACUUCUGAUUUACUGAAUGAGUUGAGCAAAGAUGGAUUUAAAGCUGACACGGACAUGGAGAUAAAACUGACAAAUAUCGUCUUACAGCAGCUUGAUGAUGCAGCUGGCGAUGUUUCUGCAUUGGCUGUGAAAUGUUUGGCGCCUCUUGUGAAGAAGGUUGCCGAGCCAAGGGUUAGAGAAAUGACUGAAAGGCUAUGUGUUAAAUUGCUAAAUGGAAAGGACCAGCAUCGCGACAGUGCAAAUAUAGCCCUGAAGACAAUAGUAUCAGAAGUCACUACCCCGACUGUUGCACAAUGUGUUUUGGUGUGUCUUACUCCACAAUUAGUGAAAGGAAUAACUGUCUCUGGAAUGAGCACUGAGAUUAAGUGUGAGUGUCUUGAUAUCUUGUGUGAUGUUCUUCAUAGAUUUGGGAAUCUCAUGACAGCAGACCAUGAACUGUUGUUGGGUUCACUAUUGUCCCAAUUGAGUUCCAAUCCGGCCAGCGUCAGAAAGAAGUCCAUUUCAUGUAUUGCUUCUCUUGCUUCAAGCAUGUCGGAUGAUCUGUUGGCAAAAGCCACAGUUGCAGUUGUUCAGCUCUUAAAAAAUAAGGGCCCAAAGCCUGAAAUGACUAGAACAAAUAUUCAGAUGAUCGGAGCCCUGAGUCGUGCUGUUGGAUAUCGUUUUGGACCACAUCUUGGAGAUACUGUUCCAUUGCUUAUUAACUAUUGUACAACUGCAUCAGAAAAUGAUGAAGAACUUCGAGAGUACAGUUUGCAGGCGCUUGAAAGCUUUCUACUCAGAUGCCCCAGGGAUAUUUCCUCCUAUUGUGAUGAAAUUUUGCGUCUUACUCUGGAAUUUUUAAGCUAUGAUCCAAACUUCACUGAUAACAUGGAGGAGGAUACUGAUGAUGAGAGCCAUGAGGAAGAGGAAGAUGAUGAGAGUGCAAAUGAAUAUACAGAUGAUGAGGAUGUCAGCUGGAAAGUUCGAAGGGCAGCAGCCAAAUGCUUAGCUGCUAUAGUUGUCUCCCGUCCAGAGAUGCUCUCAAAGCUGUAUGAGGAGGCAUGCCCUAAACUGAUAGAAAGGUUUAAAGAAAGAGAAGAAAAUGUCAAGAUGGAUGUAUUUAAUACUUUCAUUGAGCUACUACGUCAAACUGGAAAUGUUACGAAGGGACAGGCCGACAUAAAUGAAUCGAGUCCACGGUGGUUACUGAAACAAGAAGUCCCAAAAAUUGUUAAAUCUAUAAAUAAACAACUGCGUGAAAAGUCUAUCAAGACAAAGGUUGGUGCGUUUUCAGUUUUGAAGGAACUUGUAGUUGUCUUACCAGACUGCCUAGCGGAACACAUUGGGUCCCUUGUUCCUGGAAUUGAGAAAGCAUUAAGUGACAAAUCCUCGACCUCAAAUUUGAAAAUUGAGGCUCUAAUUUUCACCAGAUUAGUUAUGGCUUCACAUUCACCUUCUGUCUUCCACCAUUAUGUCAAGGCCUUGUCUGGUCCUAUAUUAUCUGCUGUUGGUGAGCGUUAUUACAAAGUCACUGCCGAGGCAUUAAGAGUAUGUGGGGAGCUUGUUCGUGUUGUACGCCCACCGGAUUUUAAGGGUUGUGAUUUUGAUUUUAAACCUUAUGUUCAUCCAAUAUAUGAUGCCAUUUUGACGCGUCUUGCAAACCAAGAUCAAGAUCAGGAAGUCAAGGAGUGUGCUAUUUCUUGCAUGGGACUCGUAAUUUCGACCUUUGGUGAUAACCUUCAAGCUGAGUUACCUGCAUGUCUUCCUGUGCUUGUUGACCGGAUGGGAAAUGAGAUAACCCGACUUACAGCAGUUAAGGCAUUUUCUAUCAUUGCUUCGUCUCCGCUCAAGAUUGAUCUAUCGUGUGUUCUGGAGCAUGUUAUUGCAGAGUUAACAGCAUUCUUGAGGAAGGCAAACCGGGCAUUGAGGCAGGCAACUUUGGGGACAUUGAAUUCUCUAAUUGUAGCUUACGGUGAUAGAAUUGGUUCACUUGCGUAUGAAGUUAUAAUUGCGGAACUUUCGUCUCUUAUAAGUGAUUCAGACCUGCAUAUGACGGCUCUUGCAUUAGAACUUUGCUGCACGUUGAUGGCUGACAGUAAUUCAAGCCCAAAUGUGGGUUUAGCUGUUAGAUAUAAAGUUCUUCCUCAAGCCCUAACAUUAAUUAGGAGCUCAUUGUUGCAGGGACAAGCACUUUUGGCUCUGCAAAGUUUUUUUGCUGCCUUGGUCCAUUCAGCAAACACAAGUUUUGACGAUUUGCUAGAUUCUCUUCUUUCUAGUGCUAAACCAUCUCCCCAGUCUGGUGGCCUUGCAAAGCAGGCACUGUACUCAGUAGCUCAAUGUGUUGCCGUUCUAUGCCUUGCUGCGGGUGAUCAGAAAUGUGCAUCUACAGUAGAAAUGCUUACAAACAUACUUAAAGAUGAUAGCAGUACCAAUUCUGCUAAACAACACUUGGCCUUGCUUUGUCUGGGAGAAAUUGGAAGAAGGAAAGAUCUCAGUUCACAUGCACACAUAGAAAACAUUGUUAUUGAAUCUUUCCAAUCUCCUUUUGAGGAAAUUAAAUCUGCUGCCUCCUAUGCUCUUGGAAAUAUAGCUGUGGGGAAUCUAUCAAAGUACUUACCUUUUAUUUUGGAUCAAAUUGAUAACCAACAGAAGAAGCAGUAUCUAUUGCUUCAUUCUUUGAAAGAGGUUAUUGCAAGGCAGUCUCUAGACAAAGGCUGCCAGGCUGAGUUUCAGGAUACGAGCGUGGAAAAGAUACUGAAAUUGCUUUUCAACCACUGUGAAAGUGAGGAAGAGGGUGUUCGUAAUGUAGUGGCUGAGUGCCUUGGCAAAAUUGCUCUUAUUGAGCCUGCAAAACUUGUUCCUGCACUUAAGGUGCGGACAACUAGUCCUGCUGCAUUCACUAGAGCGACAGUUGUAAUUGCGGCUAAAUAUUCAAUUGUUGAGAGGCCAGAGAGGAUUGAUGAGAUUUUAUACCCUGAGAUGUCCUCAUUCCUAAUGCUUAUAAAGGAUCAUGACCGGCAUGUUAGACGUGCAGCUGUGUUGGCGUUGAGUACGGCGGCUCACAACAAGCCAAACCUCAUUAAGGGGCUUCUUCCAGAGUUACUACCCCUUCUUUAUGACCAGACUGUGGUUAAGCAAGAAUUGAUCAGGACAGUUGAUCUCGGUCCUUUUAAGCACAUCGUGGACGAUGGUCUUGAGCUAAGAAAAGCAGCGUUUGAAUGUGUCGACACAUUACUGGACAGUUGUCUUGAUCAAAUGAAUCCUUCGUCUUUCAUUGUUCCUUACCUUAAAUCUGGUUUAGAUGAUCAUUAUGAUGUUAAAAUGCCUUGCCAUCUUAUCCUCUCCAAACUUGCGGACAAGUGUCCAUCUGCUGUACUUGCAGUGUUGGAUUCACUGGUUGACCCUCUGCAAAAAACUAUUAAUCACAAGCCAAAGCUUGAUGCUGUGAAGCAAGAAGUGGAUCGUAAUGAAGACAUGAUCCGGAGUGCUCUUCGAGCAAUUGCCUCCUUGAACCGCAUAAGUGGAGGAGACUGCAGCCUUAAAUUCAAGAGCCUCAUGAAUGAGAUAAUGAAAGCACCCUUGCUUUCUGAAAAAUACAAUUCCAUUCGUUACGAGUGAAGGGCUUUCCAGUUCCUGACAUGGUUGUGUGAAAUGGUGACGGAAAAGAGAUGCUGUCAUCAUCAACGUAAAUGCGGCCAGAGAAUCUUCUUCAGUGUGGCAUGAGGCUUGAAUACCCUUACUCCGCCCUCGCUCCCUUGUUAGUUAAUCUUUGGCGCAUAGGUAUAUACCCAUAAAAAGGAGGAGAAACUGAAUAUUGAAUUUCAGUUUUGGAUGGGGAGAACAAAGAAAAUAGGGGGCGAUUUGAUGGUGCUUUUUCUGUAAAUGGUUUAGUGCUCUUCCUCCCCCGGCCCCUCUUCCCAUAC